AUGAGCUUUGAAAAGGGGCAAAGUGGCGAGAAAUCGACACCAGAUCCAAGCACGACGUCAAGUUUCGAUGGUGGAGUGAAGAAAGUGUCAGGGAUUGAUGCGGACUCUGAAACUUGUGCCCCACCAUUGCAUUUAGCAGUGAAUGAUGUACGGAUGCAAAAGGAAUGCUAUUGUUUGGUUGUCAGCAAUUUGAGGACAGUGAACAUGCAACUCUCAAGAAAUGUGGCUGUCCUUGGAUUAUCUCUAUUAUCCGGUUUAGCACUCCUGAUUAUCUUGAGAAGCAUGCAACAGUCGAUCAAGUCUUCUGAUCACAAUGUUUCAAUUCGAAUGCUAAUCGGUGGACUAAUCGCUUUCAUUUUGGAUAACACAGUGCCCGGUGGGGUU